AUCACUUCCUAAAACCCAUCAAAGAGAGUCCAUCUCCUGAAGAAAUGCAGCUCAGAUGCACCUCGGCAGGAAGCAGGAAAUGUAGAUGUUUGGGUGCAGCAGGGAGGCUGACGGAGCGCCCCUCAGGUGGGAGCACUGCCAGGGCAGCAUGCGAAACCCCAGCUUUAUCACUCUGCUCUCUGCCCUGUCGCUGGCUGGAGGAUCUUUUGGAAAUGGCCCUGAAAAUGAUGGAUCAGGAGAUGGACCAUCGACAUUACCCACUGUUACAGUAACAUCUCAUCCUGCUACGGGUUCUUCGACCGUGAAUGACCAUGAGACAGUACUUGUCGCGGCAAGCGCUACUGAAAGCAGCUUUGAAACAGAAAGUACUUCAAGUAGUGAGCCGAAUGCUGUGAAUGAUGAAGACACCCUAGAAGCAGCAGAACAGUCUAUCUUGUUAUAUGUUGUCCCUGUCGUGCUGCUGGUCCUGCUGAUUUUAUUGAUCACAUUUUUCGUAAUACAUCAUAGAAGGAAAAAGUCUAAGCAAGGGUUUUCACAUUUCCACCACUGUGCUCGAGGAUUCACUCAAGAUGAGCUGGGAAGUGAAAAUGUGAAAAGUCCUAUUUUCGAAGAAGACACGCCCUCUGUUAUGGAGAUAGAAAUGGAAGAGCUUGAUAAAUGGAUGAACAGCAUGAACAAAAAUGCUGACUGUGAAUGUUUGCCUACUGUAAGAGAAGAAGAAAAAGAAUCAAUUGCCAACCCAAGUGAUGGUGAAUCAUGAAGUCAGAACAGCAAAGAACUGGAUAAAGGGAAGCAGCACACAAGCUAACCAUCCCCCAGAUAUUGGAAGAACUGGAUUUAAAUAUAAUUCACCUCAAAAGGCCAGAUAAGCAAAUGCUUUGGUUGUGUCCUGCUAUAUAUGGUCUUCAGAAAGGAAACAUCACCAAGGGGAAGGAAAAAAAAAGAAAAGAAAAAAAGAAAAGCACAGUAGCAAGAUUAGAGACUGAUUCAAAUUCUUUCUGCAAUUACAUUCCUCACAAAUCAAGAGAAACCUCUUCUCCCCCCCCCAAGUUCUCAAAAUAGUUCAUGAUUCUAUCUCAUUCUGCAGUUUUGUAUUGUGCAGCACUUAAAACCACUUCUGUUCAAAGUUCAGCGGGUUUCUUUGUUUUGUUUUUCGAGGGUGUUUGUUUCCAUGUCCAUAAUUCUGGACAGCCCUGGCUUUGUGGAUGUGAAGCUCAUGCCUAUGCAAUGUUUAUUUUUCAAUUUGCUUUUUCUGAAUGGUGCACUGAUUUGCACAGAGCAUCUGCUGGGGAGGUACCAGGCUAGGACUGACAGACCACCUCUGAGGACAGAGAGAGAGCAGCUGAGAAGCCUCUCAAAGGAAUAGCCAGAAGUGACUGCAGCCUGGCAAGGGCAUGGACUCUGUCUGUAGUGUAUUUUUUGGUUUUCAAAUUAAAGGCUUCGGAGAAGUGAAAACUA